AUGGGCACAGCCAUGUCGCUGGAAUUUGAUACCGAUAUAGAUUCCUUGGCCCAACUUGCCAACCUAUCAGGAAGGAUUGAGAAACUUCGAGACUCAAUGGACUGUUCAAAACCCAAGCAGCGACCUGAAUGUGUUUGCUGUUUGGAACACCCUUUGCCAAAUGAGAGGAUCAAUAUGCGAUGCUCCCACUUUCUUUGCAGUGGUUGCUUAAUAAAUCUGGUCAAAGUGUCUUUACGUGACGAGGCCAUGUUUCCCCCUCGAUGCUGUAACAAUACGAUCAAAGUUUCGGACGCUGAGGAUUUGAUAGGGCUGGAAUUGGCCCUCAGGUACGAGAAACAUCUAGUUGAAUUUGAAGAUCCCGACAAGACCUACUGCUCAGACCCUGCCUGCUCGCGGUAUAUAUCUCCAAAGAAGACAAGCGAGUCUGGAGGCAUUGCUGAAAGCAUUAUGUGCAAGUGCAAGUGUGGCAUAACGACAUGCAAAAGAUGCAAACAGAAGGCUCAUGGAUUUGGUGAUUGUGUCCGCCAUUUUGACAAAUUAUUGGACGACCUAGCAAAAAGCGAGGGAUGGCAACGAUGCCCUAGUUGCUCACGUUUGAUUGAACGUGAGAAGGGCUGUGACCAUAUCACGUGCAGAUGUGGCUCGCAAUGGUGCUAUAGUUGUAGAAAAAAGUGGAGGAGCUGCGAUUGUCCAGUGUGGCGCGAGGAAAACAUCACAAUGGAAAGUCUGGAAGUCACAGAAGUGAUAGGACUCGAUAUGGCAAAAAGGUACGACGGUCGUAAGGUGGAGCUGAACGACCCAAAGCGGACCUACUGCUCGAACUCAAACUGCACCCAGUACAUCUUGCUAGGCAACAUUCGCCGUGGAGUUGGAACUUGCGAGCAUUGCACUACUCGGACGUGUGUUAGGUGUCUAGAGUCGAAACAUAGCGGAUUCUGCUACGACAUGAACGAUGUGAACGAAACCCUGCUAAAAGAACUGGCGAAAAGGCAGGAGUGGAAGCAAUGUCCAAGGUGCUUUCAGAUGAUAGAGCUCACAGAGGGAUGUUCGCAUGUUGAGUAA